UGCACUGAUUGGUCACCGCUGCUGCUUACGUCUACACAGAGCGGAAGUGAGCACAAGAAGUCAAGAUGGGGACUCGUUUGAAGGUUCUAGGUGUGUUUAAAUCGCUGCACAGAACAAGGAUGACUGUGUUCAAAGAAGAUGACAGAGCGCUGACAGCUGCAAGAUUAAAGAUCAACGAGGAGUUCAAGAAAAACAAAAACGAAACGUCAGAAGAAAACAUCCAGAAGAUGAUCAAAAUGGGUACAGAUGUGGAAAUUGUUCUUCGAGACACAGUCAUGCAAAUGGAACACGUAGGAGAAAAGAGGCUCUUGCUUCGGCCCAGAGAAAGCCAUAUGCUAGAAAACGUCCCCUAUUGUGACGAACCCAGGAAAAAGUCAUGAUGCACCAUUUGAUUACAUCAAGGAAGAGACUCACUAUCAUCCAUUCACUGUCAUAUGCGAUUUAAAGCAUUUAUAAAAACAGCCUUUCAAAUUGUUCAGCAUCUUCCUGUAAACGGUGAUCUUCAUGUCCAGAGCUAACUUGACAUCCAGCAGGUGCUCAUAGUCCCACAGCUGAUCGUAUAUCUGGCUUCUCAUGUUCAGCUGCUCCUUCUAAGUUUCUGCAUCCAAAUCAUGUCCAGAGUUCUCUCCAGCUCCUGAAAGAAGAAAUGCUGCUUUAUUUAAGUGAAGAUCUCCUUUUUUCUGCUGUGAACUGGAUGCAACAAUUUCAUGCACUGUAUUUUAUCAAAUGUAAUUCAAAUGUUUUCUGUCUGCUUUUUCUGCAGCUUAUGAUUCAACCAAACUGGGAGAAAACAUUAUUUUGCCAUUUGUGGAAAAAGAAUGAUUUUGCUCUGAUCAAUGAGGCGUGUUCUCAAAAUGUUCACAUUUCAUUUGCUGUUGAACAACAUCUACUAUGAUGUCAGCCAAUGCUCGGUCUCCUCUUUAAAGGUGUAACAACAUAGAUGAAUGCAUAUGCAGUCAAGAAUAUUUAUCACAUUUUACUGGACUGAUUGUUUGUAUUUGCCUCUGAAUGUGAAAUGUGUCAGUAAUAAAAUUGUGACUCUUUACAGAAAAUGUACAGGACAGUAUAGUAUAUUAAUAAACCAAGACAUAUUUCAAGACAUGUUUAGCAUAUAACACAUAGUGGAUACAAGGUCAUAACAUGGACAUUUAUAAUUCUUUUUUUUCUCUGUCUAUGCAUAUCAUUACAUCUCAUGAAUUUUGGAAAAAGGAAUAAUUAAAGGAGGAAAUAGGGUUGGUGAAGCUACUUAAUGCCUAUUUUGUGAACUUAAAAGGCAAGUGCAACAUGUGCUUUUAUUACAGAAAUACGAAAUUCAUUUCAUAUUGUCAUUUAGCAUUGUAUUAAAAUGUACUAUAAUAGUAAAACUUUC